UCUUUCGGAAAGCUCUACCACUACCCCAAAGCCCCUCGGGCCACCAUGUGCCUCUACAUCGCAGAACUCAACAAGCUGGAUGUUGAACUGAUCGAAGCAUGGCCCAUCAAAGUCGACAAGAGCAAGGGCGGCGUUGGCGCUGAAUAUCUGUCCAAAUUCCCGACGGGAAAAGUGCCUGCGCUGGAGCGACCGGAUGGAUAUACCGUGUAUGAGUGCAUUGCCGUGUCUCUAUACCUGGCAAAGCAGAACCCCUCGACUGGCCUGCUUGGCAAGACACUCGAAGAUGAAGCCAAAAUCAUCCAAUGGUCGUCGUUUGCCAAUAGCGAAUUGCUUCCUCCGAUUAUGGGCUGGAUUAAUCCGGUUAUUGGCAAGGCACCUUCAUCGCCGGAGAUUCUGGCUGCUGCAGAAACAGCCAGCGAUGCUUUGUGUGCUGUUGUCGAAAGGGCAAUUCAAGAAGGCCGCAAGUUCCUGGUUGGCGACAGUCUGACCAUGGCGGAUCUGUUUGUGAUUGCUGCUCUGGCCAGAGGAUAUCAAUUUGUGUUUAGCAAAUCGUGGACGGAAAAACAUCCCCAAUUGCACGCAUAUUACUGGAAUAUC